UUAGCCAGGAGAGGGGGCGGUGGGGCAAGAUGGCGGCGCACCUGUCUUACGGACGAGUGAACCUGAACGUGCUGCGCGAGGCGGUGCGUCGCGAGCUGCGCGAAUUCCUGGACAAGUGCGCGGGAAGUAAGGCAAUAGUUUGGGACGAGUAUCUCACAGGACCGUUUGGCCUGAUUGCACAAUAUUCACUACUGAAGGAACAUGAAGUGGAAAAAAUGUUCACACUUAAAGGAAGUCGUUUGCCCGCAGCUGAUGUCAAGAAUAUUAUCUUCUUUGUCAGACCCAGGCUAGAACUGAUGGAUAUAAUUGCCGAAAAUGUGCUCAGUGAAGACAGACGUGGUCCAACAAGAGAUUUCCACAUUUUGUUUGUGCCGCGACGUAGUUUACUGUGUGAACAGCGGUUGAAGGAUCUGGGUGUUCUGGGAUCCUUUAUUCAUAGGGAGGAGUACAGCCUUGACCUCAUUCCAUUUGAUGGGGAUCUCUUAUCCAUGGAAUCGGAGGGUGCAUUCAAAGAGUGCUACCUGGAGAGUGACCAGACGAGCCUCUACCACGCAGCCAAGGGGCUGAUGACCCUGCAGGCUCUGUACGGGACAAUCCCCCAGAUCUUUGGGAAAGGGGAGUGUGCCAGGCAAGUGGCCAAUAUGAUGAUCAGGAUGAAGAGAGAAUUUACAGGAAGCCAAAAUUCAAUAUUUCCUGUUUUUGAUAAUCUCUUGUUGCUCGAUCGAAACGUUGACUUAUUAACGCCUCUUGCCACUCAGCUUACGUAUGAAGGACUCAUUGAUGAAAUUUAUGGCAUUCAGAACAGUUAUGUGAAAUUACCUCCGGAGAAAUUUGUACCGAAGAAGCAGGGCGAUGCUGGGAAGGAUCUCCCCACGGAAGCAAAGAAGCUUCAGCUGAAUUCUGCAGAGGAGCUCUAUGCUGAGAUCCGAGACAAAAACUUCAACGCGGUGGGCUCCGUGCUUAGCAAGAAAGCAAAGGUGAUCUCCGCGGCGUUUGAGGAAAGGCACAACGCUAAAACGGUUGGGGAGAUCAAGCAGUUUGUUUCCCAGCUGCCCCACAUGCAGGCAGCAAGAGGCUCACUUGCAAACCACACCUCGAUUGCUGAGUUAAUCAAAGACGUUACCACUUCUGAAGACUUCUUUGAUAAACUAACAGUGGAGCAGGAGUUUAUGUCUGGAAUAGACACUGAUAAGGUCAAUAGCUACAUUGAAGACUGUAUUGCCCAAAAGCACCCGCUGAUCAAGGUGUUAAGAUUGGUUUGCCUCCAGUCCGUGUGCAAUAGUGGACUCAAACAAAAAGUUCUGGAUUAUUACAAAAGAGAAAUUCUCCAGACAUAUGGCUAUGAGCACAUAUUGACCUUGUACAACCUAGAGAAGGCUGGCCUGCUGAAACCACAGACGGGGGGCAGAAACAAUUACCCAACAAUCCGGAAAACGCUACGCCUCUGGAUGGAUGAUGUGAACGAACAGAAUCCCACGGACAUAUCGUAUGUGUACAGUGGUUAUGCCCCUCUCAGCGUGCGGCUGGCACAGCUGCUCUCACGGCCUGGCUGGCGCAGUAUCGAGGAAGUUCUCCGCAUACUCCCAGGGCCCCACUUUGAAGAACGGCAGCCGUUGCCCACGGGACUGCAAAAGAAACGUCAACCAGGAGAAAACCGAGUCACUCUGAUAUUUUUCCUUGGGGGCGUAACCUUUGCUGAAAUCGCGGCCCUGCGAUUUCUCUCCCAGCUGGAAGACGGAGGUACAGAAUAUGUCAUUGCCACCACUAAGCUAAUGAAUGGGGCCACCUGGAUAGAGUCUCUAAUGGAAAAACCUUUCUAGGCUGAUCAAAGUCGACUUGAAUGAACUGCAGAAUAAACUGCUCCUUUGGAGAAGCUGCCAAAAGGAAGUGAAACCCCACUGAAGAGUAACAGAAGGAUACAGAAUUUACUUCGGGGGUCAGCCUCUUCAAUUACACUGUUUUCUCCUUUCUGCUUCUCUUUUGUGUUUAUAAUUUCUUGAAGAAAAAAGAAUAGAAGAGAAUCCAUCUGGCUAACAGAAACACCAGUUGUUAAUGUUCUAAGCUCAGGGUCUUCUUAGAGACCUCUUGGAAACGUAUUAAGGAUGGUGGGGAUGGGUAAUCUUAUACAGCUGCACAAAUGAGGUCAGUUGUUAAAAUAGGAAGGCAGAAACGGAUGGGUAAAUAUGAAAAGUGGAAAGUCUCACCCCUAAUAAACAGUGCUUUCUUGAAGGCACAUCAUGCCUGGGGCAGUGGCUGGGUGUUGGGGCAAGAGCUGGUCCUGUCACUGAGUUGAGAUUUCUUUUUCCUGCAGAGUAUGGCACAUUAUAUUUGGUGUCCUCAGCCUCUGUCUUAGGUGAUCACUAAGGCAAGUGUUGAUUCCUUCUGCUUUCAAUUCCUCUGCUUCUAUAAAGCAAGAGGGGUGGAGGGACUUCUUUCUCCAAAUCGAAGUUCAUCUGACCAGCUAAAUUUCUGUGGGUCUCAUACUUAUCAAGGGCUUUUUAUUUUAAUUUUAUUUAUUUGAGAGAAUGAAAGAGAGAGAGAGAGAGAGCACGAGAGCAGGUUGGGUCAGAGGGAGAUGCAGACUCCCCGCCGAGCAGGGAGCCCGAUGCGGGACUCGAUCCCGGGACUCCAGGAUCCUGACCCGAGCCGAAGGCAGUCGCCUAACCAACUGAGCCACCCAGGCGCCCUAUCAAGGGCUUUUUACAUUGAGGAACGUGAGGAUUGGGGAGCAGCUUCCUGAGAAUUUUCUUAGACACUAUUCAAAGACACUUUCUGAGCACACGUGCUGUUCACUCCACGAUGUUUCCGUGGCAGAUGCCUCCACUGAGGCAUUGGGUUUUCUUCCCCACCCAUCAUGGGCCCCAGCACCAGCGGGUCCCACCGUGUGCAGCAAUGACUCUUGCUUCUUCAGCAUUUGGCGACACCACCUCCAUGGUAACUGUCGCAUGUACUUCUCCACACUCAGCCUCUUGCAUUUGUUUUGCUUGGAAACAUAUUGCUCCGUUGCAGUUCCUGGUCCGGUGACCUCAGCCUUCUCUGGGACAGCUCGUCGAUGGUCUCGGAGUCCAGCAGUCGCAGCUGCUCCUGCAGGAGACGAUUAGCCUGUGGGGCAGAGGUACAGGGUAUUGGUCGAGAGUCUGGAAACCUGUGUGUGUUCCCUACCUCCCUCCUGCUUCAUCCUAACAUCUGGAAGUUAAAUCCAAGAAGGGAACCAAAUGGAUGGCUUCGUGGCCCUUGCCCAAGUCUCCCCUUUGUUGGGGGAUCAAGGUCAGCAUCCCUCCUCAGGGGAGGUGUGGCCUCUGUUGUUUAUCAGUAACCACAUGUUUUAUUCUCAUUUUGUUUCGUUGAGUGAAUUUCUGGUAGCACAUUGCAUGCUAUGAGUGAAAGAGAAAUUCUACAAUCAAAAAAAGUUUAAGAGUGAGGAGUAGAAGAGGUCAUAUUUAAGAGAUCUGCUUCUCAUGCAUUCAGUUUGGCCUUGACAUUCAGUAUUUGGAAAACGGUGUUUAAAACUAUGCUUAUUUUAGAAAAUCUUAUUUCAAAUACUUGUUAUCCCAGGGAGAUUAGUUUAUACCUUCCAGCCCCAGCUGUUGUCAGCCUCAGCCGCCUUAGAGAAUGAAAUCCACCUUGUCCCUCAAUGUUUUUGGCUCAUGGGAUUCAAUUCAAGUCUGGUCAGGUCUCCUUGGCUGGGGUUUUUGUCCUACGAACAGAUACUCAGUUGUGUCUCAUGUGUCUACAUUCACUUCUGAGUUUAUUCUCGCUUGCUCAGAGCAUAGUUAGGUCAACUCCUAAAAUGCAUUUAGCAGAAGACUUAACAACAUCAAUUGCUUCAUUUGUAUGCAAAUAGAAAGUGGUGGAUAAUUGUAUAUUAUACGCCUUUGUGUAAGUUCACUUAAUACUUGAAGCAGCCUUUGUCUCAAAGGAGUAUGCCCUUACUGAGAAAGGGUAUGUGAAUGGUACAUUUAUUCCUAGAGAGGGCGGAUUGUUUACAUCAUGUCUGGACUUUUGUCUAGUUAGGUAGGCAGUUCUGCUACACCAGCAACUCCAUAAAAAAGUCUAUGUAGAUAAAGAAGUCUGCAUAGGCACUGUUCUGUGUCUUACUAUACACUUCUGAAUUUAGCCAACAGAGAAGUAUUUGAAUUGUAGUUUAACUGUAGAGCAAGAGAAUACAGGCAUAUCGAGAGAUAUUGUGGCUUUGGUUCCAGACCACCCUGAUAAAGUGAAUGUUGCAAUAAAGCGAGUCAAAUGCAUGUUUUGAUUUCCCAGUGCAUAUAAAAAUUAUGUUUACACUAUCCUGUAGUCUCUUAAGUGUGCAAUAGCAU